AUGUUCCAAUCCGACCAUCGCAUCAAAUCGCUCUACUUCAACGGCCAUUCUGACGCAAAAGCUCAUUGCCAGCGCAAAAAAGUUGUCCAGUACUACGUCCAGGACAGCCAAGGUCGUUGCUUCCGCCGCGUCUGGAGUGGAUGGGAGAGAUGCUCGCAAGCCGGCCAGACAGCCGAAGAGAGACUGGCCGGAUCCGACUGCAGAGAUCUACGACCCCAGACUUGGUGCCAAGCUCAAAUAAAAGUCGGAUUUUGUAAAGUUAAAGAGAUCAGGGAGGUAAGUUUAUACCUGGCUAAGUAUCUUUAA